AUGGCUCCUACUAGUCGUAAGAGAGUAAUGGCUAACACUACUGAUAUCAACAAUGAUGAGUUACAGUCCAUGCCGGAUGAUGGUCAAUGUUCUGCCACUUCCGUUAAAAGGCGUGGACCCUCAACAAACAAGGCAUUGGAGGAUGUGUUGGAUAAAAAUAAGAGGCAGCCAUUAGAAGUUACAUUUAAAGAAGGACAUUUGCAGCCUAAAAAAUUUAGACCUAAUGUUGGUGAACACCAUCAUAGACGGGCAUUCGAUCAUCAGUUCAGCAAGUGCUUGAAGGCCCGUAGAUACAAAAUAAAGAAUUACUAUGAUGGCUUUAAAAACGCUGAGCUUGCUCGGCGUAACCCAUUUGAAGGUGUUCCCAACGAGCAUUGGAAUCUAUUGUGCGACAUAUACAGUUCUGAGAAGUGUGUGAAUCGCAGUGAGACAAACAAAAAGAAUAGGGACAAGGUGAAGACUAAGAAUUAUGGUGGCUCGAAAACGUAUGUUCAGUACCUGGAUGAGAUGCUUAAUAAUGAAACUGGGGAAGAUGGAAGUGUGAUUGAAUUCUAUGCAAAAUCGCACAUCAAGGAAAAUGGGGAAUCUAUUGAUGAAGAGGCUGAGAAGAAUUAUGCUAGAAUGCUAGAAAUGAAAAAAGUUGCAAUUGAAAUUGAAGAAGUAAUAACCCACGAGAAAGAGGAAGAAAUAAUGCUUGAAGUGCUAGGGAAUAAGUGUUCAUUUUUAAAUGGGCCUAAUAAGGAUAUGCCAACUUUGUCAAUCCGUGCUACCCAAAAAGAUAUGGAUGCAGCUAAUGCUAGGGCCGACAAAGCAGAAACGAAUAUGGACGAGAUGAGACAAGAGGUGCAAGGGAUGAGGGAAGACAUGCAGCAACAAAUUCAAGAGAAAGUGAAAGAGGCAAUGCUUGCUUUUAUUGCAAAUAUUGGGCAGCCUUCCCCUGCACCCCAAAAUUAAUCUACUUUAGAGUUUUAGAAGGACAACUUUUUAAAAUUAAUUAGGUCUAAUAUUUUAGGACUUUGAAUACUUUCUUGCAGUUUCUUGUUUUUUAAUAGUAAACCUAUUAUUUUUGGGAUGAUGCAUCAAUAUUCCUUAUGCCCUCUUUCUCUCAAAUUGUUUGAAAACUCUCUUGUUUCACAUUGGAUAUGGUUUUUGGAAGGAUAAUUUAUGGUAAGUUAGCUAACUUAGAAUCAAUUUAAUUUUUAUAAUUUUUUUUUUAUCAAUAGUUUUUACCAGGUAUACAAUUUAUUUUGCAGGUAGUUCGUCUUGUUAAGAGAGUUGCUUCUUAAUUUGUUGGAGUGUUCUAUGGCAGAAAAAAUUUGCUUUAUUCUUUGGACUAGGAAUUAAUGCUGAAGUUGAGCGAUUAAUUGGGAUGACAUGAAGAAAAUGAAGUAUUCAUGACAACGACGAACUAAAGUGAUGAGAUUCCAUACGAAGAACUUUGAGGUGCUGCCAUAGAGGGAGAGUUAGGAGUUUGCUUUUAUGUUUUAGUUUGGUCUUUAAUUUGUAUUAGACAAUUGGAAAUUUAGUUUAUAUUUUGACUCAGAAUUGAACAAAUGUAGAAA